AUGUUCUAUGGGCUCGUGAACUACUUCCAUGAGAGACGGCCAAGGCUCCGACGGAUGGCUGGGUAUCUCGGAGGCGCAUACCUGUUGGGGAGCUAUGUCCUGGAGCGCUUCGAGGACGUCCGCACGCAGGUCACGCAGGACCGACUGGCCAAAGACAAUCUGCGGAAGCGGUUCGAGCAGAACCAGCAAGAUAUAUCGUACACAAUAAUGGCGCUCCUGCCGACCCUUGGGAAGCAUGUGCUGGAGGGCAUGGACGUCGAAGGGGUCACCGCUGAGCUGCAGUCCAUGUCGAAGCCCUCCCGCUCGCCAAAACCUGCCAGCCCGCCGGAGACGAGUCUGGCGUCCAGCGUGGAGCUGACGAGCCCGGUAGUGGCCGACGAGCUUUCUGAGAAUGGCUCGGUCUCAAUCAUCUCGUCUGUGCAUGAAAAUGGAACAUCGUUGCACACGCCCGACUCCUCUAUGAGCUGGGUGGACCAGCUUUCCAUGCAGAGCUCACAGGAACCCGGGGCAAUAGCAGCAGCAGCAUCGAUGUCCGAGAGUCCUGCAGAUGUAGAGUCUUCAAAGCUUAACGGAAGCCUCUCAGAAUCCAUGCUGUCGACGAGCAGCACCUCGAGCAAACUGGAAAAUGGACACGGGAACUCUCCGCCAGAGAGUAUAUCCUCGGAAAUAAUAAGCACAAUAACGAGAAGCAAGGCCGAGUUAUGGAAAGAAGUCAAAAUACUCACAUUCACGCGAACACUGACCGCACUCUACUCUAUCACCUUACUCUCCCUCUUUACCCAUAUUCAACUGAGUUUGCUUGGCCGCUCUAAGUACAUCCAGUCCGUCAAACAAAUGGAACGCGAUGAGCGGAUACGAGAACAGCUACACUACGCAUCGACGGACUUCUCACAUCUAUGGAGUAGCGGUGAUCUCCCUAGUGCGGAUGAACUCGACGAGCGGGAAAGUCUAAGCGAGGAAACUGAGCACAAAUUCCUCACACUCAGUUGGUGGAUUUUGCAUGUAGGUUGGAAGGACGUUGGUGAGAGGGUGCGCAGAGGUGUGGAAGAUGUCUUCGAAGAAGUAUCUCUCAAGUCCAAGUUAACGAUCAACGAUCUCUUCCGCCUCGUGAGCGACGUCCGAAGACGGAUCGAAUAUGAGGUGACAUUCGAGGGGCACGAAAGACGGAUAAACUUCGUAUCUGCCCUCUUACCACCCACCACCGAGACCCUGCAGCACGUCCUCACGCAAGGCGGGAUCCCGCCACACAUCGCGGGCGCACCAGAUCUGCAAUUCCACGCGCUGCUUGAAGAGGCACGAACGCACAUUCUGUCUGCCUCGGGCCAGCGCGUGCUGGAGGUGUGUCUUGAUGAGGCGACUGAGACGCUCUUUUCUGCGCUGCAGAGGCAGGUAUUCAACAGCGGAGCCGCGCGGUAUGGCGUGGACACAGACGAUGUGGAGCAGCCGCGCGAGCGUCUGGCGGCGAUGCUGCCUGGGUUGGCGCGGUGGUGCCAUAGGGCGUUCGACGCGCUGCCGAAUGAGCUUGUGGAUGGAUUGGGGAACUUGAGGGACAUGGAGGCGUUCUCUGCUAUCGUAUUUUCGAGUUAUGACGAUCACUUCCGAUAA